AUGAUCCAUCGACGAGCCAUCAACCCCGUUAGUUCUUCCACCGCGCCGUCAGCAGGAGGCUCUACCCGAUACGUAUUAUCGCAUCAAGUAAACAAUCGACGCCGUCGCAAAGCUUUCCGCCGACGAAUACACAACUUUUUGGAAAGCAAACAAGAAGUAAUUGCUCUACUGGUACAAUUGCUUUCCUAUUUCAUCCUGAUAUCCUGCGGAGUUGUUCUUGCCGCCAAAGUGUUGUUAGGUGUCAAUUUCUUGAGCGAAAGCGAUGGGUCUUUGGGCGGUUCUCCUCGAAUGUACCACCACAGCAUGUGGUCCAUGGACGACCAAGUUCACAAGAAAUUCAAGAACAAUCGAGAGCGUAUUGCAGCCUUAUUUGAUCCGUUGCCAGCUUCUAAUAUCUAUGAAAUCCCCGAUGCCAUGCCACAUAUUGGAGACAAGCGUGAUGACUAUGCGCUCUUGAGACAAGAGUUCGACGACAUGGUCCUUCCAGAUAUUGAACAACCAUACGAAUUCGAAUCCGUGGCGAUGGAAGAAGACACCGUUACCAAUGAUCAAGUCAGCUACGACAUUUACAAUUGUCCAGACUCUCCUCCUAUGGGUUAUCCCUUUGAAUGGCACAUUAAGGAUAUCAUUGCAUCCUGGCCUCCAGAUGACCCAAACCCAAGACCAAAGAUUUUCAACGGAUUGUGCGUCUUUGAUUUCGUGAAGGACCACGCCAAGGCCAUGCGCUACCGCAAUGCCGAGCUACCCUUUGUAGUAAAGAAUGAUCCAGAGAUCAUGGCCGCGUCAAAACGUUGGAAUGCACCCGGCUACAUGGAACGAAUGUUGGGUGAUGUCAAGCAUCGAACCGAAUACUCCGAGAACAACCAUUUCAUGUACUGGACCAAUGUGCAAAAAAGGAGAGACCGAAAAGGCAAACCACGUGGCAAGCAGGAUCUCACACCCGAAGAUUGGAAGCAGCCAACGAAACCAAUGCGGAUGGCAUAUGCCGAUUGGUUAGAGCAUGCCAAUGUCACUGAUAUGGAUUUGGGUCCGGACAAGCCACAUUGGUACUAUCGACUGAUUGGGUGCGGAGAAACUGGUCCAGAAGGACAAUGUGACAAGGGAUCCUCCGAAUAUUUGUUUGACGAACUGCCAUUCUUCCAACCAAAACCGUCGCUCUACAUUGUGGAGCCGGAAAAGCAAAAGGGCAUUCAUUGCCGUUUUGGAAUGAAGGGAGUGAUUGCGGAGAAUCAUUUUGAUGGAUCCCGGAAUGCCAUUGCCGUCUUGGGUGGCGAGCGACGAUACAUUUUGGCCCACCCCAACCAAUGUGAGAAUCUGGCCAUUUUGCCAAAGGGCCAUCCCUCGGCUCGGCACAGCGAAGUGGAUUGGUCGGAUCCAGACUAUGAAAAGUUUCCAAAAUUCAAAGAGGCCAGGGGCAACGAAGUAGUCUUGCAAGCCGGAGACGCCAUGUACCUACCGACGAAUUGGUUUCAUUACAUUAUCAGUAUGAGUCUGAAUUAUCAAUGCAACACACGAUCUGGAAUCGAGCAGACGUAUAUGCCACCGAUUCACGCUUGUGGAUUUUGA